GGCGCGCUGCGGCCUCACCUUCUCCGUGGGCCGCUUCUUCCGCUGGAUGGUGGACACGCGCAUCUCCGUGCGCAUCCACGAGUACGCGGCCAUCUCGCUCACGGCGUGCAUGGAGAACCUGGUGGAGGAGAUCCGGGCCCGCGUGCUGGCCAGCCAGAGCCCCGACGGGGGAGGGGCCGGGGGCGGGGAGGUGUCCGCCGAGGCCCUGGAGAUGGUCAUCAACAACGACGCGGAACUCUGGGGCGUCCUGCAGCCCUACGAGCACCUCAUCUGCGGCAAGAACGCCAACGGUGUCCUCUCGCUGCCCGCGUACUUCAGCCCCUACAACGGCGGGUCCCUGGGCCAGGACGAGCGCGCCGAUGCCUACGCACAGCUGGAGCUCCGGACCCUGGAGCAGUCCCUCCUGGCCACCUGCGUGGGGAGCAUCUCCGAGCUGAGUGACCUGGUGUCCCGAGCCAUGCACCACAUGCAGGGGCGCCGCCCCCUGUGUCCUGGCUCCAGCCCUGCCCGUCAGGCCCGCCAGCCUCCCCAGCCCAUCACCUGGUCCCCCGACGCCCUCCACACGCUCUACUACUUCCUGAGGUGCCCACAGAUGGAGUCCAUGGAGAACCCCAACCUGGACCCCCCGAGAAUGGCCCUGAACAAUGAGCGGCCCUUCAUGCUGCUGCCCCCGCUGAUGGAGUGGAUGCGCGUGGCCAUCACCUACGCGGAGCACCGGCGCAGCCUCACCGUGGACAGCGGCGACAUCCGGCAGGCGGCCCGGCUGCUGCUGCCCGGCCUGGACUGCGAGCCCCGGCAGCUCAAACCCGAGUGCUGCUUCAGCUCCUUCCGGAGGCUGGAUGCCCGAGCGGCUACCGAGAAGUUCAGCCAGGACCUGGGCUUCCGCAUGCUCAACUGCGGGAGGACAGACCUCAUCCACCAGGCGAUUGCGGCCCUGGGCCCAGACGGGGUCAACACCAUGGACGAUCAGGGUAUGACGCCGCUGAUGUACGCCUGUGCUGCUGGGGAUGAAGCCAUGGUCCAGAUGCUGAUCGAUGCUGGAGCAAACUUGGACAUCCAGGUUCCUAGCAACUCUCCCAGGCACCCCUCCAUUCACCCCGACAGCCGGCACUGGACUGCGCUGACAUUUGCUGUGCUGCACGGACACAUCUCUGUGGUUCAGUUGCUGCUGGACGCCGGCGCCCACGUGGAGGGCUCAGCGGUGAACAGCGGCGAGGACAGCUACGCGGAGACGCCCCUGCAGCUCGCCUCUGCGGCUGGGAACUACGAGCUGGUCAGCCUGUUGCUGAGCCGAGGCGCGGACCCCCUCCUCAGCAUGCUCGAGGCCAACGGCAUGGCCUCCUCCCUCCACGAGGACAUGAACUGCUUCAGCCACUCGGCGGCCCACGGCCACAGGAACGUCCUGCGGAAGCUCCUGACACAGCCGCAGCAGGCCAAAGCAGACGUGCUGUCGCUGGAGGAGAUCCUGGCCGAGGGCGUGGAGGAAAGCGACGCGUCCAGCCAGGGCAGCGGCGGCGAGGGGCCUGUGCGGCUGAGCCGGACCCGCACGAAGGCCCUGCAGGAGGCCAUGUACUACAGCGCGGAGCACGGCUACGUGGACAUCACCAUGGAGCUGAGGGCACUGGGCGUCCCCUGGAAGCUGCACGUCUGGAUCGAGUCCCUGAGGACCUCCUUCUCCCAGUCGCGGUACUCCGUGGUGCAGAGCCUCCUGCGGGACUUCGGCUCCCUCAAGGAGGAGGAGUACAACGAGGAGCUGGUCACCGAGGGCCUGCAGCUCAUGUUCACCAUCCUCAAGACCAGCAAGAACGACUCCGUCAUCCAGCAGCUGGCCGCCAUCUUCACGCACUGCUACGGCAGCAGCCCCAUCCCCAGCAUCCCAGAGAUCCGCAAGACCCUGCCGGCCCGACUAGAUCCUCACUUUCUGAACAACAAGGAGAUGUCGGAUGUGACCUUCCUCGUGGAGGGCAAGCUGUUCUAUGCACAUAAAGUCCUGCUGGUGACGGCUUCCAACAGGUUCAAGACGCUGAUGACCAAUAAAUCAGAACAAGAUGGCGACAGCAGCAAAACCAUCGAGAUCAGCGACAUGAAGUACCACAUCUUCCAGAUGAUGAUGCAGUAUCUGUACCAUGGAGGCACGGAAUCCAUGCACAUCCCCACCGCCGACAUCCUGGAGCUGCUGUCGGCUGCCAGCCUGUUCCAGCUGGACGCCCUGCAGCGGCACUGCGAGAUCCUGUGCUCCCAGACCCUCAGCGUGGAGAGCGCCGUCAACACCUACAAGUACGCCAAGAUCCACAACGCCCCCGAACUGGCCCUGUUCUGCGAGGGCUUCUUCCUGAAGCACAUGAAGGCCCUGCUGGAGCAGGACUCCUUCCGGCAGCUCAUCUACGGCCGCAGCAGCAAGGUGCAGGGCCUGGACCCGCUGCAGGACCUGCAGAGCACCCUGGCCGAGCGCGUGCACUCCGUCUACAUCACCUCCCGGGUGUGAGGCGGGUGGGGUCCGCACACCCAGCCCCAUCUGGGCUGGGACAGGCUGGGAGCGAGUGCUCCCGGGCGUCUGGACACAGUGUAGCCAGAGCCUACGGACGUACCAGGCCCCACUGGGCAGGGCUCAUUCUAGGACCUCUUUCCUCAGACAUCCUCUGGUGUCUGUCUGCCCCCGGGAAGUUAGAUGUGCCCUGAGCCCACCUGUCGCUAGGCAGCUGCACCCUCAACCCCUCUGUCCCAGAGCUGUUUGCUCAACCAGUAACGGGCAGGGGGUAGCUGUGGCCAGAAGGCGGAGAGCCACUGUGUGCUCACCCGUGUGCCCCUUCUCCUCUCGCGGUGGUAGCUGAUCCUGACUCACCUCUGCUCUAAACAGCAGACCCCGGACCUCAGUGAGCUCAGACUGGCUCCUGGGCCUCCUAUGAAUGUAUAGAAGAUACACUCUGUUUGGGCCCCAGGCCAUCUCAUUCCAAAGCCAAUACUUUUCCUCAGUAUCCAAUCUCUGAACUUCCUCAAGGUCAUGCCUUUGAAAGGCUGGCUAUGGGCCGCCUGGGGGCCUGCACAGAGGGUCACUUUGAGUUCCGUUUUCUUUGGUUUCUGGGCCUCUUUUGGGGACCGCCAACGUGCUCAGUUAGCGGUAGAAGACAGUUCCCCAGCUGAUGCCUUCCGAGCUUUUCCCACGGAGCCUGGUGGCCUCGGCUUCUGUUGUUGCUGCUGGGUUUAGGGCCCGACACCCCAGGCCUGGGUCAGGCUGCCUCUGUGGGCUCAGGAGGCAGAGCCCUAAGGGUGCCCUCGGGCAGAUCUCUCAAGUGAACCAUCCUUUAAUUUGGACUGGGAGCUGCAGGUGUCGGGGAGCCAAGGGACGGGCACUGCAGGACCAGGGAGAGGGGAGGGCUGGGGGGAAAGGGCUUCCCCUCUCCUACCUGCCGACACUGCAGGCUCCGGGCUCUGCUGGGGCUGGGGCGGAGGCGCAGGGUCAGGCCUGGACACUCAUCAUAUUUAUGGACCAGACACUGGGGGGCGCUCUGGACAGCCUACUCGGGGGUAGCCUUCCUGAGCUGUCCGGCCGCACCUUAGACACUAUUUAUUCACCGAAAGUCCCGGGCACUCAGGCGGCGGCGCUGCGGUCGCCUGGAAAGCCGCCGGGGCUUGCAAUCUGGGAAAUAUUUUCGACUAGCUGCUUGAGCUGGAUGUACAGAGGAAGAGGCGUAUUUUAUUGCUAUAUUGUAUGAUACUGUAACUGUACAUUAAUGUCACUAUUGUAAAUGUACUAUGGUUUUAUUAACAAUAAACACCCGUGAACAAUGA